GGUGUUGACAUGGGGGACAAGCAAAAUCUUGUAGCCAUUAUAUUACAGUAUGGUGGGAAAUUUGUUACUAGAAUCGAUGAGUUGGAAUAUGAAGGUGGGCUUGAAGGUACCAUCUUUGUUGAUGCCUUAUGUGAUGGAUUGCGAUUCUUCAAGGAUGAUAAUGGUCUUAGGGAUAUUAUUUACAAUUAUCUUCAUGGCGAGGAAGCGACAAUGUAUGUUGAGCAUGAUGAUAGUGAUGAAGAUGAAGAUGAUGAGGGCAUUGAAACAGGAGAAGUAGGAAAAGAAUAUGCUUUACAAGAAGGGCAAUUUGAGAGGCAAGAGCGGGCAGCAAGUAAUGUUGACCAAGUUCAGCAAAAGGGAAGAUGUCCCAAAGUAUUCGAUGAAGACAUAGACAAUGAAGGAUUGAUUGGUUUAGACUGGGAAUUUGCAAAAGCUAGUGAAUUAGAAGAUUAAGCUUUGGUUGUUGCUAAUGGUGAAGGGAUGAUAAUGAUGAUGAAGAACUUGCACAUUCAAGGCAAAAGCAAAGGGAAUUUGU